AUGGGCAACGACACGGACGCACAGCCCGCGGCCGGAGACGAUCUCUGUCAUCGGCUCCGGGACGACAGCGCCGACGAUGUCCGGUCGGCGCAGCGGGCGGUUGACGGCCAGCUCCAGGACCUCGGCGUCAUGGACAGACGGCAGUGGGAGUGUUCGCGAAGGCUGUAUAGUACUGAACCGGACUCGGUGAUCGGCAGCGGCAACCUUGAUACAGAAGGAUACUUUGCGCACCGCGACAGCGUUCUCGGUGUGGAACGCGGACUGGCCUUCGACUCACGAUGUCGUCAACGCGCAACGGCCCUGGAGCGGCGGGCAGCGCGCAUCAUCAAGGCCCUGCGGCGGCUCGACGACGCCGAGGUGUACGCGCGGGCGGCCCCGCGCCAGGGGUACGCUGGGCAGGCGCACCGGCGCUUCGCGGGCGAUCACUUCUUGUCCAACGUAGAGCUCAUCGGGCAGACGAAGCUGUUCGCGGCGGCACGGCGAAUGCCCAAGGGCGCACACCUGCACAUCCACUACAAUGCCUGCCUGCCGCCACGGGUGCUCCUCGACGUGGCCAAGACCAUGGACCGCAUGCACAUCACGAGCGACGUGCCGCUAACGGAUCGGAGCGCCUUUGACCGCUGCGAGAUACAGUUUUGCAUGCUUAGCGCGAACAGGGAGCACCCUGGGAAUCUCUUCAGUUCGGCGUACAAGCAACGGCAGACGAUGCGCCUCGCGGAUUUUCUGGACCGCUUCGCUGAGGCACACGGCGGCAUGAUGACGGCCGAGGAGUGGCUGGUGGGCAAGAUGGAGUUUGACGAGGAGGAGGCGCACAACUUCUUGCAGACGGCCGACGGGGCCUGGGAAAAGUUCAACGGGCGGACGCGCAUGAUCAAGGGCCUCUUCAACUACGAGACGGCGUACCGAACGUACACGAGGCGCUUCCUCGCGGACCUGGUUGCCGACGGGAUCCUGUACGCCGAGAUCCGGCCCAACUUUAUGACGAGCAACCAGCUGUACCGCGAUGACGGCUCUGGGCCCAUCGACAACGCCGGUAUCAUGGAGAUGAUUGUCGACGAAGUGACCCGCUUCAAGGACGAGGCGGCCGCCAAUAGGCGGGAGUUUGGCGGCAUCAAGGUUAUCUACUGCACGCCCAGGGUGUUUUCGCCGCGCGAGGUCGAGGCGGCGCUCGACGAGUGUUUCGAAUUCAAGAAGCGAUGGCCGGAAUGGAUAGCCGGCUUCGACAUCAUGGGCGAGGAAGGCAAGGGCCACCCCCUCAAAGCCUUUGUGCCCGAGUUCCUCGCCUUCCAGCGGCGGUGCGCGGCGGCAGAGGGGGGCAUGUCCAUCCCGUUCCUGUUCCACUGCGGCGAGACGCUCGAGGGCGGCACCGCGACCGACGAGAACCUCGUCGACGCGCUGCUGCUGGGCGCGCGGCGCAUCGGGCACGGCUUCGCCCUCGCCCGCCACCCGCACGUCAUGCAGCGCAUGCGCGCCCGCGGCGUCUGCCUCGAGCUGUGCCCCAUCUCCAACGAGGUGCUCGGCUUGACGGGCCGCGUCGCGGGCCACGCCAUGUACCAGCUCCUGGCGGCGAAUGUGCACUGCACGGUGAGCUCAGACAACGGGACCAUUUUCAGAUCGUCGCUCUCGCACGACUUCUACCAGGUCAUGGUGGGCAAGGCCGACAUGGACCUCUUCGGGUGGAAGCAGCUCGUCCUGUGGAGCCUGGAGCACGCGUGCCUCGAGGACCAAGAGCGGCGCCGGGUGCUGCGCGCGUGGGAGGCGCAGUGGGAUGAGUUUCUGCAUUGGCUGGUGGACACGUACGGUGACGUGUUGGAGGACGACGCCGAUGCUGAUGAAGGUGGUGACGACGGUGACGGCUGCGGCGGCGAGGAUGGAGAAAAGGGGAGUGAGUAA